UCUAUCUAUCUCUGACCUUUCUAUUGAGCUUGUGGAUGAUCAUAAAUGGAAAACACGAUUUUGGCGAUAUCCUUUUCAUUCAACAAAAACGCCCAUCCAUCUCGAAUAUUCGCAUCCACCGCAGCCUUCUCGUCUCCGCGAUCCGCAUCAUAAUCAAUAUGUCUUCUCUCUACCUCACACUUUCUUAAUCUCGCAUUUUUCCCAUCGCCGGAACUCCUCCGACCGACGUCUCAUGGCCGUUCUGCUUCCUUCGUCGGAAUUCUCCUUCCGCCUCGAACUUCCGUCAAAAUGUCUCUUCAGAUCAAUCUCGAACACUGUUCGAUGGCACAAUAACGAUGUUAAGUUUAAGUUGCAGGUUCGCGCUUCUUUGAAAAUCAAGGAUCUGGAUUCGGUUCGUGAAUUAUCUGCUCCGGUGAAGCUAACAAAGCAAGAGGAAGAAGAAGAAAAUAGACGGAAUUACUAUGUAAAUACUGGUUACGCUAUACGAACACUACGUGAAGAGUUUCCCCAAUUGUUCUACAAAGAACUUAGGUUUGACAUUUACAGGGAUGAUAUUGUGUUCAAGGAUCCACUAAACACAUUUUCAGGGAUUGACAAUUAUAAAUCAAUUUUUUGGGGUCUUCGAUUCCAUGGUAAGAUGUUUUUCAAGGCAGCUUGGCUUGAUAUCAUCAGCAUAUGGCAACCAGCCGAGGGUAUAAUAAUGGUCCGAUGGAGUGUCCAUGGAAUUUCACGAGUUCCAUGGGAGACCCGCAGCAGAUUUGAUGGUGUUUCAGAGUACAAACUUGAUGAGAAGGGUAAGAUUUAUGAACACAAAGUCCACAAUAUUGCUCUAAAUGGUCCUCCUAAGUUCAAAGUAUUGGGUGUGGAAGAGCUAAUUCAAUCCCUUGCCGGUCCCUCUACUCCAAAACCAACAUAUUUCAAGAUUACAAAGGAAUGAAAGCAACCAGGUUCAAAUUUUUGUCUUAAAUAUACUAUGACUUGUUGUGUUAAAUGUGCCACUUUCAACCAACUUGGGUUAUAUAUACUUUGUAUAUAAUAGGAGGAAUUGUUAAGCUUUGAGUUUCUAUGAAGUGUGUGUUUAUAUAAUAGGAUAUUUGAGAAACUCAAAAGAUACACUUUAUGAUGAGUGGUAUAGCUUUGGAUGAGUUAAGAGUUUGCUUGUACAUAUGAAAGUUGAAACAUGUUCAAGAUAUAGUUUUCUCCAAUAUGAAAAAUGGUUGAUAUUUGA